GGUUUGGCAGCUGCAGCUGUUUGAUGGCGUAGGUAAAUGCAUUUUGUGGAUAAAUUUUGUAUAAUUUAUUAUUUUUAAACCUUUAGUGCCAGUGAUAAUUAUAAUAUGUGAAAUAAUAGUGCAAAUUGAAAAUUAAAGAAACCCAGUGAAACUUAUGUAAAAUGCUGAAGCGAACCUCUCAAAUCAGUACCCCGAAGAGAAAGUGUCUCAAAUAGUAAAUAACGGGUCGAUAGAAAUAAUGUCUGUCCCUGAUUUGUCUGUCGGAUGUCGGUUUGCUGAUUAUUUUGCAAUAUGUGGGCUUGAUUUUGAUUCAGGUUUGGAACCCGACCGACUCUGUGGUGACAAUUUACACGUAUCUCCGCUCGAUCGCUCCUACAAAGGAAAGAUUCUAGCUCACUACCCAGAUAACAUCUCAAGUAAUCCAUUUGAUGAGCAUGCAGUGUGUAUGCUUUGCCUACCAGCUGGUCUACAAUUCAGAACUCAAAAACACUCACUAGAGCCAAAAUUUCAUAGUUUUGUAGUGACAAGAGAAAAUGCUUCCAGAUAUUAUGGAUUUAGUCUUAUUUUUUAUGAAGAAGUCAGAAAUGGAAAGAUUUGUACAGCAAUGCAUACAUUGCAGGCAAUGUAUAUUACUGAACUGUCUAGUGGGCAGACACCUCCAGGUCACAGAAAAAGUUCUGGCAAAGAAAGUUCUAGGUCGUUACCUAGAUCAUUCAAACUUACACCACACACGGGCGCUGCACUCACUUAUUAUGACAUAGCCAAAGACAAACUAUAUGUAGCCAAAAGUAUAGCUCUCAUAUGCCAAUAUCCUUAUGUUAGAGUUGCACAAAUGUUCCUAGAAAAUUUAUUUAGGUCACUACCAAGGCAGCCAGGCCCAGGGCUAAGUCCUGAGUCAUAUGUCUAUAAUUUGCUUUAUGAAGUCCCAGUGCCACUAUCUGGACAAGCAUUACGCCUUUAUGUGCCACCUUCAGAGCCUCACCUUGAUCCUAUUCCUGUUGUGAUAAGAAUGCCAAACCCACCUGAAGAGUUACCAUUACUUGAUUAUCCAUUACGCAUAAUGUUUUCCAUGCUUGGCGUUGAAUGUGUAGUUCAAUUGUUUACAUGUGUUCUGCUUGAACACCAAGUGUUACUCAAAUCUAGUGAUUACAAUAAACUUAUGUUGGUAGCAGAAUGCAUAGUAUCUUUGCUACUGCCAUUUACAUGGGCGCAUGUAUAUGUUCCCAUACUGCCAGCACCACUAUAUCAUUUCCUUGACGCUCCUGUUCCGUUUGUCAUGGGCCUACACGCGGAUAGUGCCGCCGUGAGCGUUGGAUCCAACGGCCCCCGGAGUAUUGCUCUCGGUUCUGAAGCUGCCCUAUGUUUAGUUGAUAUUGAUAAACCUGAUAUACAAUUACCUGAAGAACUACCAAUUUUCCCACAUCGGACACCUUUCAUUGAGGAAUUAAAUCACAUUUUAGAUAAACAUCAGAUUCAAAGACCAGAGACUGAACCGACUAAACUUGGUGUACCGCUAAAUGGAAAUUCUUACAAGCAUAUGAAUGACAGCAUGAGUAGCAGCUGUACUUUACCUUCAGGUGGGCUACGACGUAAACACUCGUUCCACGACGUGCUGGAGUGGGAAGAAAGUCGGCCGCUAAACGCAUCUCCACCCGCCUCUCCUACACGCCGCGCCCCGCUCCGCCUCGACUCAUUGCAACGGAUCGUUGAUAUUGUGAAACGCACCGGUGUUAACAUCGACGAUGUGGACGCUGAUACAGUAAUGCCAACAUUAAAGAAGAAAAUACUCAAUGAUGAAGAACAGUACAAUGAAGAUAUUCGUUUUAAUAUAGCCAUUAGAGAAACCUUCCUUAACAGAUUCGUACAUAUGUUCCUUAUGUACGAGAACUUUGUCAUAAUGCCUGAUCAGGAUCGAGAUUCUUGGCUUUCGGCCCGCGAAUCAAUGAUAAAUUUCGAUAAGGCAUCUUUCUUAUCUGAUCAACCCCAGAGGCAUAGACCUUUUCUCUCACGGUUUCUCGAAACUCAAAUGUUCGCUACGCUUAUAGACAACAAGAUUAUGGCUAAUUGGGGUGAAUAUGAUGCCAAUUUACAAGUUUUCGAACAUCGAAUAAAAGCGGUCAGGCGGCGACUGGGCGAGGGUGGGCUAGCGACGCGCGGGUACAGCGUGUGGGCGGGCGGGGCGGGGUGCGGGGGUGGCGCGUGCGCGGGGCUGGGGGCGGCCGAGCUGGAGGUGGGCGCGCCGGGCGAGCGGCUGCCGCACCGCGCGGCGUACUACCGCGCAUUCCCCGCGCGGCUGGACGCGGCCGCGCUCGCGCCGCCGCCGGUCUCCGACCGCAGAACAAACAGUUUAAAACGUAUAAAGAACGCGAAAUGGCAAGUAAAGGAUUGUCCACCCGAAUUGUUAUUAGGAGAUAUUAGUAGGAGGUUGUCUACAGAAGUCACGCCUAACGCCAUUGCUCAGAAUCACAAGACAUUUGUCGAGAAACUGCUCAAGGAGUGUAAAAGUAAAACAAAACGCAUGCUCCUGGAAAAGAUGGGUACAGAAGAAAGUGACUUAGGUUUUGGUUGUGAAGUGUCAGUAACCGGAGUAGAAGAAAGUACUAUGAUUGCCUCAUUAUGCGAUUUGCUGGAGAGACUCUGGUCUCAUGGGUUACAACAUAAAAUGGGAAAGUCCGCGUUGUGGAUGCACCUCACCAACUACCAAGAGUUAGAACAAUGCAGUAAUACAACGAAACCAAUCGAUCCUAAUUACCUUACGCCAGCUUUGGCCUGGUGUGUGUUACGCAAACGUCUGGAUUAUCUAUCUUCUGUGGGUGCCGAGGUGGAGGCUCAACAAAGUACCAGUAGUGGUAACAGAUCCCGCGACAGUUCUCGCGGUGGUUCCCGUGAUAGUUCUCGUGACCGCCUCAGCAAUUCUGGAACUUUAGAACGGAAGUCAUCUCAGCCACCAAACCCACUGCGGCCACUUCCGGAGAGUCUUACAUUUGACAUGAGAAAUGUCCAAGCUAUGACAGACAUAAAGACUGAGAUUGGUUAUGCUCGUGCAUGGGUGCGGCUGUCCCUUGAGAAGAAAUUGCUGUCAAAGCACCUUCGAGAGCUGUUAGCUGAUACAACUUUACUGCGUUCUCAAUACAAGCGAACGGCUUUCCUGCGCUGCGAGGAAGAGCGGGAACAAUUUCUAUAUCAUUUACUGACUUUAAAUGCUGUUGAUUAUUACUGUUUCACCAAUACGUAUCCGACUACAAAAUUGCCGUAUCGCGUUCUGAUUGUUCCGUCCCGCAAGGCGAGCCAAACUACAGCUAACUGCUGGAUAGCGAUAUCAGGUGCAAACAGAGAGUCUACGCCCAAAAUACCCAUACCACGUAACACCAAUGAAUUUGUUUUCCAUCACAAGAAUUUGGGAAUAUUAUCAACAUUACGUAUAGGACACGAUAAUUCUGGACUAUCACCGAGGUGGUUGCUUGAUCAGGUGUAUGUACGGAACGAAGUUACAGGACACACUUAUACUUUCCCGUGCAACCGGUGGCUGGGCACGGGCGUGGACGACGGGUCGACGGAGCGGCUGCUGCUGGCGGCGCGGCUGCGGUCGGAGCGCUCGCCGCGCACGCCGGGCCGCGCGCCGCCCGCGCCCGCCGCGCCCGCCGCGCCGCCGCCCGCGCCCGCUGCGCACGCGCCGCACACGCCCACCACGCAUCUGUCCACCUCCACCAUACAACAUAUGAUCGGUGACUGUGUAAAUGCCAUAGUCAAAUGGCAUUAUCAGUCCAAAAGAGAAAAAGAUGCAAACUCCCUCAGUGUACUGCUGUGCGGUGAAAAUGGUUUAGUUAAAUGCUUGGAACAAGCUUUCCUUUGUGGAUUCAAGUCGGCUCGUCUAUUCGGCAAGAAUCUCUUCAUUUGGGAUUACUUUGCACGGGUGAAGGACGAGUUCAAAAUGAGCUUAUGCGACGAGCCAAGUCCCCAGAGUAACAAGGGGUGUGGUGUGGCGUACAAUUGUAGACAAGACCAGGAGCACAGGUCUAUUUGGCGAUGCUACUGCCACCUAAUGGACGAAAUCAGCACCGCUGGCCGUACGCUGGGCAAAGAUGGGAAAUUUCAACUUUUCAUAUGUCUUAGCUUACGAGAGCAUUGGCUCCAUCGAAUGCUAGUGCCAAUGUCGAUGACCCGCGUUACAGUUGAAAUGUAUGAAGAACAAAGUUUUCUGCGCAAACGCGGUCUCCUUACUUUCCUCAGGCAGAUACUGGAGCCACUAGAUGAGUUUGACAUUGUUUUAGAGAACUCUCUCACUCAAGGCAUUUAAAUUGUUCUCAGCGUAGAAUUAAAGCUCCCUGAAACCAAUUUCAUUUAUUACUGUAUUUUGUCAUUUUUAAAUUAAGAAUUUGAAGAAAAAGAUAACAUUGACGUUUAUACGUUUUUUGACUAAAAAACGUAAAGGGUAAAAGUACGGUCAUUUGAUAUCUACGCCUUUUUAUCGAAUUUUAAUAUCGAAUUUAAUUUGCAUUUCCUAUUUUUAAAUAAUAAUCUUAAUGUAUUAGAUUUAUCUUUCAGUGUUAGAUUUCAACAGGCGUUUAUAACGAAUAUGAUCGUACUUAUUUCUUUAUUAUGUACAGUGAUACAUGAAAUAUAAACUUUUAUCUUCCAUCCUUUAUCAAUAGUUGUAGUAUCGAGUCAAAAAAAUAUUUAGUACUUAGAUUUUAUUGAAAUGUAAUAUAAAUUAAUGGUUAAACCAGAUUCAUGUGAGAAAGUUCUGUAAAUCAUUUCCAUCCUUUGUAAAAUGGUUACAACGCAAAGAAUAGUGUAUAAGUAAUGUGAAAUACUCAUAGGUACUUAUAAGUUACCCAAAACUUAUGAAAAUGAUAUUAUUUCUUAAGGUCUGAUUAUUUUGUACUUUUCUUAUUAUUAAGUUUCAAAGUGAUGGUUGUGUUAACUUUACGUAUGAUGUUGUCUUGCCAGUUAAACCCAAAGAUUAUUUUUUAGAACGGUGCUUAUGUUGAACUUUACCAUUUGCCUUUAUGGUAUUUGUUUUUUUUUAUUUCAUAUAUGUUUUUUUGUGAAAAUUUGAUGAAAUAUUGCAUAAAAUAUUCCAUUAAGAUAUGUUUAAUAUUAAAAUACUCAUUAAAAAUUUUGUUCCAUUAAUAACUGUGUUCGUUAUAUUUUGCUAAAUUAGUGUAUAAGGUGUAAUGUUGUUGGAAUAGAAACCUCAUCAUAAUACAUAGAUUAUAACUUUUAUUGCAGAUGCAGCUUGUCAAAUUUCAAUUUAUUAUUAUCUAAAUUUAGAUACUAAAGAGUAUAGACUUAUGCCUAUAGUACUCUUAUGUUCUCUUCUCUCAUUCCUUAAUUUUUGUAUUUUAUGUAAAGUAUUCAACAUAUUCGAGACAGCUUAUUUAAAUAUAAUUCAAUGCGUUUCUCCAAUGUAUGCUUUAAGUUAAAUGGUUAUAUGUGUAAUGGUUAUAUGUAAUAAUAUUUAUUAAUUAAUAUCUGUGUGUUGAUACUGCAAUAUGUUGUAUGUCAUACAUUACUUCGUCAUGUAUUCGGUACGACUGAAAUUCGUGUCACUUAUUUUCCUGAAAAUGUUUUAUCAGUAAAGAAUAAUAAAAACCCAACGGUAGUUUAUAUUUAUACGCCAAGUCACUUUACGGGUUGACUAGAAAAAUUCAAGUACGAACAACCUCUAUUCACUAGUGGAAAUAGAUAAAAUUGUAAAUUAUGUGCAUUUUCAUAGACACUCAUAAUAAAAAAAAAAAAACAAAUAAUUAAGAACAAUCUAGUUGGGUAACUACAAAGUGAAAUACAUGAGUAAAUCUGAUAUAAAUAUUCUUUUCCUAACAUGCGACAAAUUGAAGUAUCAAUAAUGAUUAUUCAUAAACUUUUGUUACAUUUAAUUACUUCAGGCAAAAGUAAAUCGCAUUGAAUUUUGUCUGUGCGACCAUAAAACUUAUAAUACGAUUCAUUGUAAUUUAUACAAUAAUCAUGACAUUGUCAAAAAAACUUAGAUAUUAAUUUGAUGUCACUAACUCUAAGAGGGUAUGUGCAAUUUCCUUUUUAAGUGUAAAUUCCGUACCGUCCUGCAUGUUUACAGAUUAUAAUAAUUUCAAAAUCUUGUUCGACUCAGUAGUUAUGUUAUGACUUGGAAUCUCAUAGGUUAAGGACCAGUUUGUCUAUCGCUAAGUCGAUUGCCAUAUCAAAUUCAACCUGAUGCAAAUAUCUUUAAUGUCGAAAUGCUAUUUUUCUUUGAGGGAAGCCACUUGUAUUUACAAAUUUAUUUGUCCACGGGCGUUGAUUUUGUUUAUUGUAUUUCAUAAUUAUAACACGCUUCACUGAUAACCUACUUUAUUUUAUAUGUAUAUAUAUAUAUAUAUAUAUAUAUAUAUAUAUAUAUAUAUAUAUAUAUUAACGAGCUUUGAAUAAUAUAUAUAUGAUGACAGUAUAGUAUAGAUAUUAUUUUUAUACUGUCGUCAUAUAGCCACUUCCACUAUUUAAAAGGUUUGAACGAUACCUCAUUUAUUAAAAUAUCUCAAGCCAUUUAGAUGAUGAAUUUAUUUUUUAUGUCCAUACGUCCCUAUGUAUGUACAGAAACCCAAACAAAUAUCCUUCGCUUGGCAGUUGGGCAAAAAUUAAGAGUGUACGUGAUAUUAAAUUAUCGAAUAUUUACCUACGUUUAUCUAAAAAAUGCACCUUAUUUACCUUAAGAACCUUAUUUUAUGAAGCUUAAUCAAAUAAUUUUGGCUGUUACAAACGAGAACGAACAAAAUGAACGUCUGUGGUUGGUCAUAAAUUGUACCUUCGCUGGAGCAUAAUAAUAAUAUAAAUAUGAUAAUUAUAAAGUAAUAAAUUUUACGUAUUGUUAAUUAUAGUGCGGAGAUCUUACUGAAUACAUAAAUUGUAUGAUAUACAUUACUUACAUUUUAAUUUGCGACAAAUGGAAUUGUGAUCCUAAGGUUUUAAAAAUAACUUACAUAUAUCGUUGAAAAAUAUUGUAUACUACUUCGUAUAACAUUUAUGCUACUAUAAAUACUGUAUACGUUAGUAAAUAUACUGUGGUAUUCGUAAUGCCUUGAUUACGGUUGAUCCCACCCGUAUCAAUACACAAUAUUUAAUCGUAUAGAGUUAAAGUAAGUUAGUAUAAAGAGUUUAGUGUGUACUGCAUUCUUUAUUUAUUAAUCUGCUCCAGUGAAUGUGUUUUAUUUUUUUAAUGUAGUCUUUGUGCCAAAAACCAAACUUUGUAAAAUAGUUUGGAUAUUUUAAAAAUAAUAAUACAUCAUAAGAAAAAUACGUUGUUCAUAUUUAGGUUAUCAUUACUUAAUACUUUUAAUUUCUAGCCAUUCCUUUAAAAUAUUAACAAAAGAAUCAUAAAUAAGUAAUAAACUAAAAUCUCUAACGGAGCUGGAGCCAUAUAGUUUCGACAAAGUGACAGUGGUGCCAUCUAGUUAAUUGAUCAGUUCAUAUAUUUUAUUUUGUUUCAACGCGGACUGUUAAAAUUGUGAAAACUGAACACGAAUCACUGUCUAUAUCUCACAGGUGUUUAGAGGCUUUCGUUAAAAUUAGUAGUUUCUUAUUUGGGUACAAUACGUUCCGUACCUAUUAUCACUAUACGAACUUGUUUAAAGCAGCGUUAGUAGAAUUUCAUCAAUAUUAACAAGUUACAAUGUGAGUAGAAAAAAAAAUACCGAAAUCGUAUUACCUACGUUUUGUAUGAUACUAUUUGGUUAUUUGUUUUGUUACGAUUAUAUUCCAGGUGCAGUAUGAUGUCAACGUAUCGGAGUGUUACCCAUGUAUCAAUAUCUAUUUGUAUAACUGUUUCUGUCUUUCUAUCAAAUAUGAUAAUUUUGUAAAACUCUUGUUACUAAUCUUAUAAUUGUAUAUGAUUGUCACCAUUUAUAUACUUUGAUAGUGCCUACUGUGCUAUCACUAACUUAAUAGUAUAAAAACUUACACUUUACCCUUUGGCUACCCCAGAGACCAGAUCAAAGAUCACUGUACCUUUGAUACCAUAUUAUUUACACCCUUUGUUUCUCUUACAAACUUAAUGAUAAACAAAAUCGUUGGUAAUAUUGUCUUCCGAGUCAUUAAAGUUAAUAUUAAUUUUAUAAAAUACUUGACCAAAGAUUCCUUAAAAAAUUGUCAUUCAUUGCAGACUACAAUAAAAAUGUCCAUUAAAAUUAUCUGUA